ACUCUGGCGUCAGUUCCGUUUCCCUGCAGGGAGACCCCGUGGAUAUGAAGGCCCGUUUCCGGCGAGUCCCUCUUUUCGGCAGCCGCUCGAGUCACGCCGCCAUGCCUCUCGCGAAAGACCUGCUGCACCCGUCCCCCGAGGAGGAGAAGAGGAAGCACAAGAAGAAGCGCCUGGUCCAGAGCCCCAACUCCUACUUCAUGGACGUGAAAUGCCCCGGAUGUUAUAAGAUCACCACCGUGUUCAGCCAUGCCCAGACCGUGGUCCUGUGUGUCGGCUGCUCCACAGUGCUGUGCCAGCCCACUGGAGGAAAAGCUAGACUAACAGAAGGUUGUUCAUUCAGACGAAAGCAGCACUAGAAGGACACCCCCCAUUGGUGUCAUGUGAGAUGGGUUGAGCUGCUUGUAAUAUUCUGGUGUCCUGCGAGCAACUUCUGCCUGGUAGCCAGCAGAGCCACGCACACACACGGGGAGAGCUGCCUGCCUGUGUGUCUGGCCAGGCAGCGCUCCCUCCCGCUCUCUCUCGUAUCUUAUACCAGCCAGCGUUUUCUUUCUCCAAGUCAUUGCAGCCGAUGGGUGAAGACGACGAGAGGGGGAAGAAAACAUCAAAAACGAGGAGAGAAAAUGAGAAGCGAGAGCCGGAUUUACUGAUUCUGACUGUGCUUGUAGUCUCAACCCGUCUCACCUUUCAAUAAAUUUUGUUUAAAAAGA